AUGGAUAAACCUCCAUCAAGUCUAGCUACCUAUCUCUGGUUCCUCCAAUGGCUGUACAAAGUGGAGAGAAAUUGGCCAUGUUUAUCUGGUCGUACCCAAGGAAUAUGGAGCUUGCUGGUGCUUACAUUGCUGGCAUUUCUUGCUGCAGCACCUGCAACUCUUGUGAUGGUUCUCAACAAACAGACCAAAACUUUUGUGGUCGCCACCAUUGGAACCACCCCUAUCAAGCUUACUAUCACUGCCAAGUUUCACCACACCCCUGCAUUUGUGUUCUUUGUUAUAGCUAAGGGACUGGUCAGCAUCCACAACUUGGUGAUGAUAAUGGCGGAUCUGUUGAGGAGCAAAGCUUGCUUUUGUUUAUAUUUUGGACGAUGCAUGCAUGCAUGGGGGCAGCUGAACGUGGCAUUGUUAUCGGGUGUAUCAAAUGCGGCGGCGUUCAUGGCGGAGCUGGGGAAGAACGGUAAUUCUCAUGCGAGGUUGGACAAGAUUUGUGAUAAAUUUGGGGCGUAUUGCGACCGUGGUGCUGGAGCUCUUGUUGCCUCAUUUCUUGCACUGGCUUUCAUGCUUCUCAUUUCCUUCCUCUCUAUCCUCAAACUUGUCAACUCAUCGUCCCAUAUUUCUCACAACAAUAAUUAACCCUAAACCUCCAAGUUGCUUAAGCCAUUCCCAUGGACUGUAUUAAU